AUGAACCUUCGAACUAUAACGACAUCGGCAGCAGAUGUGGCACUCGCCUUGGAGCUAAUAAUGCCUUUUGGUCAUGGCAACAGGAUACCAGCACAAUAUAUCGUCGAUAGGAGCAGAGAAAUUGAGUCAGAAACUCAACUUCCUGUUCAAUCACAGUUGAAAGUCCCUCCUCCCAUUAAAGGUAUCAGCGAUCACAAUGACGAUAUAGUUAACGAAGAGAUCGUCGUUCAGCUUCCAGUGGAAACAACCCCAAUGGUCGUUGAGGAGACUUUGAUUGACGAUGCCCCGGACGAUGAAACGGAUACUAAUGAAGUUUGCACCGAAGCAAAACAAGACUUGAUCGAGGCUGAAGAAAGUCCAAUCUCCAACAGUGACAAGUCAUCGUUCACAACAGAGGAAAUAACUCCAAUGGCCGUUGAGGAGACCCCGGUAGUGGCCGUGGUCGAGGAUGCUUCACCAGAUGAAACAGAUACCAGUGCAGCUUCUACCGAAACAACACAAGACUUGAGUGACACUGAAGAUUCUAGGAGCUCGGUCUCCAUCAAUCACAAGGCAUUGUCAAUUGAAUCUUCCGAUGAACCAAAAACCAGUACUACUGUUCAUGCUGAUGUUCGUCACACGGAAGACGAAGUUGAAACUCAAUCUGCGGCGGACGAAGAUGAUAUAUCGAUUGCUGAGUCUCUAGACUUUACCAUCAGCGUAAGCAUGACUGAUGACGAAGACGACGGCUCUGUUGAAGAAAGUGGAAGUGAUCAUCUCAAUACGGUUCAAGAAGAUUCCGUAUCGAUUGAAGUCAUUCCGAAAAUGUCAGUGACCGAGAACCGCAAGGAAACUGGUGAGGUCGAACAAAGUGAAGACAAGUAUGCCAAAUCGUUAAUCGUGAACGAUUCCGGGACCUCUUUGGAUGAAGACACGAGAAGUGUCUCACCCAGCCGAGUCAAGCCACACAUCAUUGACAUCCCUGUGGAAGAUGGAGAGGAAGAGUACUUCCAAUCGACCACGUCACGAGAUUCCUUCCUCAUCAAGCUCUCAUUGCUUGGUGCACUAAACGAUGUCAUCUAUGAUGAUUUUGUGGAACAGGUGUGUGAGUACAAGGCCCUUGUCAUGACACUGGUAAAGCGCUACGAAGUCGGUCUCUUGCGAGAGGUCGAGAAGCCGGAAACAAAGUAUUUCCUCAAAGAGUACAAAGCUCCAGUACCAAAGACCGUUCACCAAGAGUCUGAGAAGCAAGAAUGGUACCGCCCAGAAGCAAAAUCUGUGUCUCUUCAGCAGCGCAAGCAAAUGCUUCAAUUGGAGCCAUUGCAACUUCCGGACUUCUCCUAUAUGGAUGAGCUUGUGAAGCAAUCGAAAGCACAGAUCAGAGCGAGCGCGAACGCGGCUAAAAGAGAAAUCGUGCAAGAAGACAAGACUGAAGAAAUAGCUGAUGACGUUGUAAUAUCAAUUGUUGAGGAAUAUGAACCUAUUGAGCCUGAGCUUGGACAGCUAUCAUUCGAAAUGAGAGAUGAAGAUCUCGAAGUUCGAGAGGAUGCUGAGUCGAGAGAAGUGGAGGAGAUCAUUGACCUGGAUGUUGAGUCGAGAAAUGUGGAAGAAGUCAUCGAUCUUGUUGAACCAGAAAUGCUUGAGGGACCCGACCAUCAAAACAAUGUUGAGCCCGCAGUGCUUGAGAAAUUUGGCCAGCAAAAUUACACUGAACCCGCAGUGCUUGAGGAAUCUCAGCAACAAAACGUAGAUGAGCAAAACGUAGAUGAACCCACAACAAUUGAAGGAUCCGUCCAGCAAACGCCCAAGUUCCGUGCUGUAAUUGAAAUUGUUGAUGAUAUCGAAAACGAUUCGUCAACUCAAGAGCACUUGGUAUCAGAUCCAUUACCAGAAAAAGAAAUCCCUUCUGCAAGUAGUGAGGAAAAUCGAGAAAAUGGCGAAGUUCGAGAAUCAGCUCGGGGACCGACACUUCGAAGCUCUGCAUUCACUGCAUUCACUGUUCCCAAGCCCGAAGUCACCAGGAGAACUGGAAAUCGCCGUCCUUUCGCUUCAACGACGACGAUGGCAACGAUUCGGGCGGAAGUCGAGGCAAAGUACAGCAAAAUGGCUCGACCUACUGCUCCCUUUGACAGGAACACGCUUUAUUUCCAAUCAACAACCACGCCUACAAGGUCCUCUAUGCCUGCAAGGUCCAUGCCUAGCACAAGCCCAAAGCCUGUGACCGUCACCGGAGCGUACAAGGCACCUGUCGUUCGUGUAGCCACAGCCUAUGCUGCAAUGAGAAGACAUCAGCGUGUCAUGCCAGAGUGGGAGAUGCCAGAAAUCAUCAAUCUUGUUGACGUUCCUGAGCCCAUGACGGAGUAA